AAGAUUGGAGGUUCUUAUUUUAAAAAAUAACUCUUUCACAGGGUCUUUCUUGGUGCCAUAUGAGCAUUAUCUUCAUCCCAACAUUAAGGAGAUGGAUAUUUCAAGUAAUUGCUUGCAAGGACCAAUUCCUACCAACUUCGGCUUGAUUUUUCCAAAUUUAGAGUAUUUAGACCUCUCCAACAAUGCAUUUCAAGGUAGUAUUCCUUCUUCUUUUGGGAAUUUGGUUUCCUUGUGGGGUUUAGACUUGUCUAAAAAUAAUUUAUCAGGAACAAUGCCAGUGCAUUUCACAAUGGGUUGCUACUCCCUAGAUUUUCUCAAAUUGUCGUAUAAUAAUUUCAAUGGCCAAAUAUUUCCUACUAAUUUUAAUUUGACUAAUUUGGGAUAUUUAUAUUUGGACAACAAUCACUUCUCAGGAAAGAUCCCAAAUAGCAUCUCAAUGAUGAUUAAUGGUCGCAUAAUUGAUUUUAGUAAUAACAAUUUGUUAGGCAUGCUUCCAAUGUGGAUGGGGAACAUGUCAUAUUUAACGAGAAUUAUUAUGGCCAAUAAUCAACUGGAAGGUCCUAUUCCAAUCGAGUUAUGCAGACUCAUUUAUCUUGAAUUUUUUGAUCUCUCAAAUAACAAUUUGUCUGGCUUUGUUCCAUCUUGCUUCAAUUCAUCACGCAUCAAGUUCUUUCAUCUGAAUAAAAAUUUGUUUAGUGGCCCAAUUCCGAAUGUAUUCCAAAACAACUCCAAUUUGGUUACAUUAAAUUUUCGAGAUAACUACCUAAGUGGAAGAAUUCCCGAUUGGAUCGGGAGUGUCUCAUCAUUGAGCAUUCUCCUUUUGGGAGCAAAUCAUUUAGAAGGUAGGAUUCCAAUUCAACUAUGCCUUUUGCAAAACUUAAACUUGUUGGAUCUUUCCUACAAUAAACUUUUUGGUCCAAUACCCCAUUGCUUAAGUAAUUUUACAUUUGAGGCAUCAGAUCAUGAUUUUAGUUUGGGAGGUCCUUCAGACAUUAAUAUUGGUGGUCAACCAGUGACAAGGGACAGUUAUGCGUAUCAAGGGCAAGAAAUUGAAGUCCUUGUUCGUGUGGAUUCGAAACAAGAGGUGGAGUUCACAACAAAGAGUAGAACUUACUCCUAUAAGGGAGACAUUCUGAACUACAUGUCUGGAGUUGACCUCUCAUGCAACAGGUUAGCAGGUGAAAUACCACCCGAACUUGGAAGGACAAGCAACAACUUACGUGCAAUGAACUUGUCACACAACAAUCUAACUGGACCAAUCCCCACAACGUUCUCAAAUCUGAAGCAAAUGGAGAGUUUGGAUCUUUCCUACAAUAAUUUAAAUGGUAGAAUCCCUCCUCAAUUGACAGAAUUGACCUCUUUGGCAGUCUUCAGUGUGGCAUACAACAACUUAUCAGGUAAAACACCAGACAUAAAAAAUCAAUUCAUUACUUUUGAUGAAAGCAGUUAUGAGGGGAACCCUCUUUUGUGUGGACCUCCAUUGCAUAAUGAUUGCACCAAGAUUGGACCACCAUUUACAACACCAAUGGAUUAUAAGGAGGAAGAAGGUGGUAAUUUCUUGGACAUGAGUAUCUUCUACAUAAGCUUUGUGGUGGCUUACAUAACAGUAUUGUUGGGAAUUGUUGCAGUUCUCUACAUAAAUCCUUACUGGCGUAGGGCAUGGUUUAGCCUCAUUGAAGUGUGCAUUGACACUUGCUACUGUUUUGUUGUGGUUCAUUACCGUAAAUUGCUCAAGUUUAGGCUUGCAUAGCCGUGCAUUUUACAUGUACGUGUGUCUCUUCUUGUUGGAUCCUGGAUCCAAACUUUGAAUUUUUAAUACUGUGUUGUGUAAGGCUUGUAUUUUGUUGUGGAAAUCAAACAAAUCGACAGACUUUUUUUUGUUUUCUUACUUUUUUU